AUAUUUAAAUGCCAUUUAACAAAGAAAAAUCAACCAAAAAAAUGAGUUCGCGUGUCACCUCUGACACGCGUGUCAUAGGUUCGCCAUCACUGCCCUAGGCUCUCCAUCUUCCACCUGUAUAUUCAGCUGCUAGACCUGUCCGGCACUAGAAAUGCCUUUAAAGCUCCCUUUCCCUUUUCAGGACCCAAGAUCCUCUUUCCAGUCUCUAGAUCUGCUCCUGGUCUCAUCCCUACAGCCAUGUACAUGCGUGAAUGACUCAUUUUUCAUUAUCCUCCCAGCACCCAUGAAGCGACUCAGUCCCGCCAGCCAGCCCAGUCCAGUCCUGCAGGUACAGGAAGAUGGAGAUAACCUCAUCCCCUUUGCCAAGUGUUCCAGGGUGGUCAGCCGAUCUUCACCCCCCAGCUGUUCUUCCCAGAGCCUCAGACUGACACGCCAGCAUUAUGGAGACGUCUUCUGGGACAACCUUAGUCAAAGGCCCAGCUCCACCUGGAUGGAAGAACGGUACAUCCCCUCCCUGCAGAGAGCCACUGGUUGUUCCCAGCCUGGCGUGUACCCCCCUGAGGGGCUCCCACCCCCUGAGAUGCUUUUCAGAAGAAAGAGAAGGAGGUCAUAUUUGGCAGGAAUGCAGGGACCUGGGGGCAUCCCAGCCCGAGUAAGGGCUGUCACUUACCACCUGGAGGAUCUAAGGAGGAGACAGAGAAUCAUCAAUGAACUAAAGAAGGCCCAGUGGAGCAGCUCUGGCACUGCGGCCGAGCCCCUGGUGCCUGGCGAAGCGAGCUGUGGACUCCCCAGCACCAGCCAGCACCCUCAUCAGGACGAGGAGGGGGCAACCUACCCACAGGAAGACGACCACUUCCUCCCUCCUGGCAGAGCCCAGCUGCUUUGGUCUCCCUGGAGUCCCCUGGCCCAGGAAGGAUCUUUCCUCUCCAGGCAGCUGAGCUCUCUGACCCCCUACAGCACUGUCACAGCCUGUAGGAACCCCCCUUUCAAUACCUGGGGGAUGGAGCUGCCCGAGGAAUAAGGAAGAGCCCUUAUGAAGUCUCCGCAGACUAAAGAAGGCCCAGGGAUGGUAACGAAACCACCCAUGCCUAUCCAACAUGCUCGCGCUGCCUCGGGGACCCACGCCGCCUCCUCGUCGCUGGAAUCACCCCCGAAUGCAUCUCCCGACCUCAGCCUCUCCCAGCUUCCCCUCCCGCCUCUGCACUCGGCACUGACAGCCCUUGGGCCUCCCGCCUCAACCCGCCCCUCGCAGGAGCUCCCCAAGGCCGGUGCCCGCCUGGCUCCCUGCAGGGUUCUUUCCCCUGGUCUGUCAUUAAAAGGAAAACAAGUUGA